AUGCCUUUUUGGGGUCAGCGAUGCUUCAUCUUGAUAAAACUUUCUCAUCUGAAAGCUACGAGGUCCUCCUGUCCUUCCCGUGGCGGUUUUCGUCAGCCUAAUGCCCUACGGUGGUGGUCCUGUGGUGGUUUGGGUGGAGAAACUUCGGAAUAUUUUUUACGAGAUCUAGUCGGCUUCUUCUCUUUAGGAUUUCGUGAUGGUUCUUCCCUCUUGGUGCAUGUGGUGGCUGGGCUUGAAUCCGGUUGGUGGUGGCUCGGCUGUCGCCGAUCUCCUAGGGGUGGGGGAUCUAUUGAAGAAGAUAGUUUUUCUAGUGAGAUCUACGGCGUGGCGGUCUUUUCCCCUAUUCCCGUCGAGUUUGGUCUGAUCGUUAAUUGUUUAUCCUCUCCGAUUCCAAGUGGUAUCAUGCUCAAUCUCUGUCCUCUCAAGGGCGAUCUUCCCUUUCUCCAAGUCUUUUUUUCCGCCGGAGGAUUUCGAUGA